UCCUUUCCUCGUCCUCUUUGUUGGUUUCAGAAACUACUGGAACGAAAGGGAAUUCGAAACUCCGCUUUCGCCCCCCAGUAGCUUCUCGUCACCAACCGAUCUACCUCGAUCCCGUCCGAAGCCAUCAUCAUCGGCGGCAGCUCCCGCACCGCAGGGCUUGAUCUGCUUUGAAGAUGCCGGCCACCGCGGGAAGGGUUCGCAUGCCUGCGAACAACAGGGUUCACAGCAGUGCAGCCCUUCAAACCCAUGGUAUCUGGCAGAGUGCAAUUGGGUAUGAUCCCUAUGCCCCCAACAAGGAUGAUUCGAAGAGCGCGGUUCCCAGUAAGGCAGCCGUUGCGGAGCCCGAGGGCGAGAAUGCGUAUGCGAGCUUCCAGGGUCUGCUUGCUCUUGCCCGUAUUACUGGGUCGAAUGCCGACGAGGCCCGUGGCUCGUGCAAGAAGUGUGGCCGUGUCGGGCACCUGACGUUUCAGUGUAGGAACUUCCUGAGCAUGAAGGAUGAUCCGGAAAAGGACCCGGAGGCGGUGCAGGCUGCGCUCGCAUCUUUACCUGGGUUGGAUAAGCUGAAGGGGAGUGCUAACAAGCUGAAUGGUAAGACUGGAGCAGAGAGUGAGGAGGAUAGUGAGGAAGAGGAUGAAAGCGAGUCUUCAGAUUCUGAUGCGGACUCGGAGAUUGAGAGGUUAAUUGCCAAACGCGGGGGGAAAAAGGUCAGCAGUAAGGGUAGCAAAGAAGAUUCAUUGAAGAAGAAGAAGAAGAGGAGGGAUGAUUCAGAAGAUGAUGAUACGGACAGUGAUCCUGGGGAGAGAAAGAAAAGAGGGAGGUCAAAGAAGAGAAAGAGUGGAAGGAGAAGAAGUAGUCUCUCUGAGGAUGAGGAUGAAGUAAGAAAGAAGAGGAGGAAGGAGAGGAGAAGGAAGAGGGAUGAGUCAUCAGAUGAGGAGGAGCAUAGACGAAGGCACAGGAAGAGUAAGAACGAGAAAAGGAGGAAGAAGAGUCAUAGAUAUUCAGAUGACUCUGACUCUGACGAGUCAGGUGAUGCUGGCAGGAGGCACAGACAGAAGAGCCGGAGGAGGGUAGCUGCAUCUUCUGAUUCUGGAGCGAGUAGCUCAGAUGACUCACGUAUUGGUAGGGAUGCAAAGCGAUCUGGGAAGAGUAGCAGAAGAAACCGUCAUAAAGAGGAUGAGUCUAACUAAGGUAGGUCUCUGAUGCUGAUGAUGUCUUUUGAACAUGCAGAUUUGAAGGGUGAGGACUUGGUGUUUUAUGCAGAAAUCAUUACAGCUGAUGUGGACGAUGGUGAUUGAGUGAACCUGUUUGUGCGUAUUGUUGAGAAAUUGGAAAAGAAAAAAGUGUGCGAGUGUGUGAAUUUAUGUUCUUACUCAGUAUUUGUUGCACUUUACGUCUGUUGGUGUUCUGACCAAAAAAAAAAAAAAUCUGUUGGUGUGCUAAUGGCGGUGUUAUUGUAUCUACAUAUCCAUGACUAAUGGAUUGUUGGACAGUAUGUUUGCUUCCUGCAGCUUAUGAAUAAUGUCAGCUCUUGAGAUUGCUUUGA